AUGCAACCACAAAUCCUGUUAUUGAAAGAGGGGACUGACCAGUCCCAAGGGAAAGCUCAGCUCAUCUCGAAUAUUAAUGCUUGUCAACUCGUCGUAGAUGGUGUCCGCACAACCCUGGGCCCUCGUGGUAUGGACAAGCUGAUUGUGGAUCACCAAGGCAAAGCAGUCAUAUCUAACGAUGGUGCCACCAUUAUGAAGCUGCUGGAUAUUGUCCACCCUGCUGCUAAAACCUUGGUGGAUAUCGCCAAAUCCCAAGAUGCUGAGGUUGGAGAUGGCACCACAUCGGUUGUGAUCCUGGCUGGAGAAUUAUUGAAGAGACUGAAGCCAUUCGUAGAAGACGGUGUUCACCCCCGCAUCAUCAUUCGUGCAGUCCGCACGGCCGCAAAGCUCGCAGUCGACAGGGUUAAGGAACUCGCUGUGAAGAUUGAUAACAAGUCUCCAGAAGAACAGAGAGACCUACUCAGCAAGUGCGCAUCCACUGCCAUGUCAUCGAAGCUCAUCAACCAGCAAAAAGAACACUUCUCGAAGAUUGUUGUUGAUGCUGUACUCUCAUUGGAUCAACCACUCCUGCCAUUGGACAUGAUUGGUAUAAAGAAAGUAUCUGGCGGUGCUCUAGAAGAGUCUUUCCUGGUAGCUGGUGUCGCCUUCAAGAAGACAUUCUCCUACGCUGGUUUUGAGAUGCAGCCCAAGAGUUAUGACAAUUGCAAGAUUGCUCUGCUCAAUAUUGAGCUGGAACUCAAGGCGGAAAGGGACAAUGCUGAGGUCCGUGUCGACAACGUUAAAGAGUAUCAGAAGGUUGUGGACGCUGAGUGGCAGAUUCUGUACGAGAAGUUGGCAGCUCUCCAUGCCAGCGGUGCCAACGUCGUGCUGAGCAAGUUGCCCAUUGGUGAUGUAGCCACACAGUACUUUGCUGAUCGCGACAUGUUCUGCGCGGGUCGCGUGCCGGACGAGGACCUGCGGCGCACGCAGCGCGCGUGCGGCGGCGCCGUGCUCAGCUCCACGCGCGACCUGCAGCGCGCCGCCCUGGGCUCGUGCCAGCACUUCACCGAGCGACAGAUCGGCGGCGAGCGGUACAACCUCUUCACCGGUUGCCCCGCUGCUAAGACCUGCACCCUGAUCCUCCGUGGUGGAGCGGAGCAGUUUCUGGAGGAGACGGAACGCUCUCUCCAUGACGCUAUUAUGAUCGUCCGUCGUACCAUCAAGAAUGACGCUGUUGUUGCUGGUGGCGGAGCGAUCGAUAUGGAGAUCUCAAAGCAUCUGCGUGAGUACGCCAAGCAGGUGGCAGGCAAGGAACAGCUGCUCGUAGCUGCAGUGGCGCGAGCGUUCGAGGCUAUCCCAAGACAGCUGUGCGACAACGCCGGGCUCGACGCCACUAACAUCCUUAACAAGCUUAGGAACAAGCAUCACAAUGGUGAAGUGUGGUACGGUAUUGACAUCCAGAAGGAGGACAUUGGAGAUAACUUCGUUAGCUGCGUGUGGGAGCCUGCCGUUGUCAAGAUCAACGCUAUUACCGCCGCCUGUGAAGCUGCAGCACAGAUCCUGUCUGUAGACGAGACCAUAAAGAAUGUAAAAGGGGGUGACCAGAUGCCAGUGGCGGGGAGAGGCAUGGGACGACCCCGAAUGGGCUGA